AUGUCCGGACGCGGGCAAGCCGGGUCGUCGAGCUGGGAGUAUGGGUCGAGCUGGGACGGUUGGGACUACGGCUAUGGUGGCUCCUGGGAUGAAGGUGAGGAGCAAGGAGAAGAAGUGGGAAAGGGUAAAGGUGGUGGAAGGAGGACGACGGUGCAGGCAAAGGGCAGGCAGGGCGGGAUGGCCCUGCGUGCCAGGUUCGAGGACGGAACCCAGGAGAGGACACGGACCCAGGCUGAGCGUGAGGCGAUCAGGGCUCCGCUUUUGAGAGACAUAAAGGAUCUCAAAGCACGGCUGGCGACGGCUCAGUCCGAAGGGGAUCAUGCGGUCCGCGAGCUGACUCUGUGCCAGGGCUUCAACAAAGACUACAAGCAGAGGGCCGAGAUGGCGGAGGGCCGACUGCGCCAAGCGAAUCUGGACCUCAUGGCGGCCAAGGCGGCAGAGGAGGUCCUUGAAACUUCGAAAGCCGACUAUAAAAAGCAGCUUGAGGAUUGCAAAACGAUGGUCACAAGCCUGGAGGCUUCCCUGACGGCGAAAGAGAAGGAACUCCAUGCAGCCCAGGCGUGCAGUGACGAAAAGGACAAAGAGCUGAAGGAAGCCCAGGCGAAAGAGAAGGAACUCCGUGCAGCCCAGGCGUGCAUCGACGAAAAAGACAAAGAGCUCAAGGAAGCCCAGGCAGCGCUGCAGCAGAAGGACAAAGAUCUCCGUGCAAUCCAGGAGAACAAGGCCAAGUGGAAACUCGAAGCACAUGCCAUGAAGCAUGCUAGGAAGGAAGUUGCACGCAUGGUGGAAAACGACAUGCUGGUGCGGUGCAACACUCUGCUGGCCCGGAAGGAUGAUGAGAUUCAAGUCCUCCAGCAUGAGAUCAAAGAAUCGCAGGCUUUGGUCUCAGACGCUUUGAAAGUUCUUUCCAAUGCCAAGGAGAUGAAGACUGAGGCAGCAGAGGCAGAGGAGCCAUCACCCACGUCACCGGCAAAUGCCUCCGAGCGAUCCUCGACCACCGAAGUGGCGUCGAGACAGAGUGACUCAGAGUCGUCAGACGUCCGAUCAAAACGAAAGCGCUCAGACUCACAGUGA